AGCGUCACGCAUUGAUCUGAAUUGAUUAGGCUUUUUAGCACUCAAAUGAUCAAUGUAAUUUGGAGUACUGAAAUAGCCCACCAUAAGGAACAGGCAGCCAACCCCAUCAGUCACGUGGUACAGGGUUCAGCAACGUCAUUAGGGCAGAGAUUUGUGAAGAAUAAGCAGACAGAAGGAAAGAGCCCCGAGGUGCGGCACUUUCUUAGCAUUUGCAUCGUUCCUGUUGUUUUUUUUUUCCUGGGCAGAGAGAGAACAGAGUAUCUGUUCAACAUUUUAGAGACCCAAAUGCCCGGUCCCACCCAAGCCCUUUCCCCAAAUGGAGAGAAUAACAACGACAUCGUCCAGGACAACGGAACCAACAUCAUUCCUUACAGGAAAAAUACGGUGCGAGGAGAGCGCGCCUACAGUUGGGGGAUGGCGGUCAACGUAUAUUCUACCUCAAUAACCCAGGAGACUAUGAGCAGGCAUGAUAUCACUGCCUGGGUUAACGAUAUCCUCUGCCUAAACUACACUAAAGUGGAGCAGCUCUCCUCAGGUGCUGCCUAUUGCCAGUUCAUGGAUUUGCUCUUCCCUGGCUGCAUCAGUCUUAAGAAGGUCAAAUUUCAAGCUAAAUUGGAGCACGAAUACAUACACAAUUUCAAGCUGUUACAAGCAUCCUUCAAAAGGAUGAAUGUGGAUAAGAUUAUUCCUGUGGAGAAGCUAGUUAAAGGGCGAUUUCAGGACAAUCUUGAUUUCAUCCAAUGGUUUAAGAAGUUCUUUGAUGCCAAUUAUGAUGGUAAAGAGUAUGACCCAGUUGAAGCCAGACAGGGUCAGGAUGCUAUUCCCCCUCCUGACCCCGGCGAGCAGAUCUUCAACCUGCCAAAGAAGUCCCAUCAUGCAGCCAGCUCUCCUACUGCAGGAGCGUCAAGGUCAACCUCCACCACCCCCAAGUCUUCAACACCAACAUCUAGACCCUCGUCAGCCAAAAAGAUCCCUGCAGCACCAACUCCUGCCAAAGGGGAGAAAGAACUGGAAGCACAGGUCACACACCUUACUGAGCAGGUGAACACAUUAAAGCUGGCACUGGAAGGAGUGGAGAAGGAGCGGGACUACUACUUCAGUAAACUGCGAGAGGUGGAGCUACUGUGCCAGGAACAGGGUGAAGAAAGUGCCCCUUUUGUGGAUCGGCUAAUGGAGGUCCUCUACUCUUCAGAUGACCAGGAAAGAGUUGGGGAGCUGGCUGAGGGAGACGCACAGGAAGUGGAUGAGCAAGCCCAUGAGGUACCAGAUGAUCAGCAGGAGGAACAGGAUGAAUACUGACUGCCAUCAUCCUUCACCGCAAUGACACCACCCUUUUUUUAAUAUGUGAGAACUGUUAAAGGAUUUUAAUUUUUCCUCAUGGUUUUUGGUUUUUGUUAUCUCCAAGACUGAGCACAUGAAGCAACCUCCUCAAUAGAAGCACCAUCACAGGUUUUUUUUUGUAUGCCUCUGCUCACUGUUCGAUGUUUUUGUGACUUUUGGUGAACUGCUGUGGCAGGUGCUUGUGACCUCCACCAGCAGACAAGCUCAGACCAUCACAGAAGUUUCCGAGGACUGUGUGGGUGGAAAAUCAGUUCAGUUCCUAGUUGUGAUGAAAUGCUGAAGUUUCGACGGGUAAAAGUUACCUGUCAGUGCAAGUGUUAACUUCCCAGUUUCUGUUCUUUUUUAAUUUUUUUUAUUUUGCAUAUCAACAAUAUUAAUCACAAGAAUGCAAUAAGCAAAGCCCUGAAAGGGCUCAUAGUAGCUCUUAUUUAACCUCCCUCAAUAUGUUGCACUGACAUUUGAUUCUGUUGUGGACAAUCUGUCCAUAGACCCUCACCGUAUUUAUUAUUAAGCCUUAGGAAUAGUGCAAGAGUCUUUGCAUCCUCAUGAAGGAGGACAAUACAGUUGACGGAUUAUGAAUAAAUGUAGUAUAAUGCCAACUUUGACUGUUUGACAGGUAUCUUCACAAAUAACAAGACUUCAGAUAAUCAGUGUGCUCAACAAUGUGUUAUUCACAACAUACGAGGUGGUUUGGUGAUAGACGUUUACUUGGUAUGCCAUAAAUGUAGGAAAGGAAGAAACAUUAUUGUUGAUUAGUCUUACUAUGAUGCAGCGUUUUAAGUUUUGAAACCUCAGCUGGAACUGGUCUGUUUCAGGUUUCAGAUUGUUUGUUUUUUAUUUUAAAACCACAGGUCUUAGGGAGACAAGUCAGUUCACUGAGUAAUUCGCCACGCUAUAUUCCAGCAAGUACAUUGUAUACCCUUUCUUAAUAUUGCAUUUACUAAUAUUGAACUGGGCAGUGCACCAUAAUGCUUUAGUCAUAUAUAAUUGUGUAAAUGAAAAGGAAUGUAAACAUGUACUGUCAAUAAUUAAUGAAUGGUAAAUGUUUUUUUUCAUGUCCCACUCAUUAUGCAUUCCCCAAAAAACGUGUUGCAUGUUUGCAUUUUAUUUGUGAAUAACUUGACCUGCUUUUUACAUAUUUAAUAAAAAAAAACAAGUAUGUUAAGUGAGCUUUUGUAUGUUUAACCUGCUAUUUGAAAGUUGUUGAGAUUCGGAUGGUUUUGCUGUAAUAAAAUUGCGUUGAGUCCA